AUGGCGGACAGAUUCCCUUCGCUGGAGGAUUUUGAUUCGGGUGCCCAGACCGAUAUCAAGGACUCGGGCGCCUCGCCUUCCGCCGACGACUUCCUAGCCCGCGAGAAGGCCCUCCUCGGCGAGGACGCCAACCAGUUCGCUACGAGUGAAGACGCCGUCGCGUUCGGAGCUGGCGAUGACGACCUUCUUGGCGGCGCCGGAGGUAGCAGCAACGUCAUCGCCGAGGAGUCGACAUUCGAGUCGCAGUUCCCCGAUCUUGCCAACCAGAACGAGGCCGUUGCACCGGGCGCCAUCCCUGGCGGUGGUAUCACUGCCCCUAGCGUCAACUACAACUCUGGCUACAGCGCCUUUGUCGAGGAGGAGGAAGAGCCAGCCGUCAUCCGUGAGUGGCGCGAACAGAGAGACGCGCAGAUUGAGAAGCGUGCGCAGCAGUUUGCAGCACAGCGCGAGGAGACCAUCAAGGAGGCGAGAGAAAACAUCGACGACUUUUACAACAACUACAAUGCCAAAAAGGAGAAGCAAAUCUCUCAGACACGGAAGGAUGCUGAGCAGUUCCUGUCCAGCCGCGAGGACACCGUUUCCGGAGGAACUAGCUGGGAGAGAAUCGCCAAGCUGGUGGACGUCAGCGGGAAGGGCUCCAAGGGCGGUGCCUCCGGCUCUGGUAAGGAACGCUUCCGCGAGCUGUUGGUGAGCUUGAAGAAGGACGAGAAGGCACCCGGAGCUAGCGGCUACUAG